CAGGAACUGGUUAUCCCAGCGCAGAACUAAUCAUAUAAAGUCCGAGAUUUCCUCAGGCUGGGUGAUGCAUGCCAUAUCAUGAAUCAUUACUACGUGUACCUGUUCCAUACAAACAUACAACUUAUGCGGGACAAACUACGUAUAUCAUGCCUGGCUGUUCAUGAUCAAGUGGCAGCAAAUUCCUCACUUUCAGGCCACAACCGCCACUUCCUUCAUACCAAGCAAGACAUAGCUUGGUGUAAAGAUACCAAUAUGAACAUAUUUAAACCAUUCCUGUCAAACGGGACCAUCCGCGAAUAUCGGAAUUUGAUCCGAGACCGACGAUGGGUGCAUCAAACACAUGCUCAAAGUGGAAAUGCACUUCCACAUCGAAGGGACUAUAACACUAGAGCUUCGGUGGUCGCUCUCAGUCAGCCAUGGAACGCCAUUACCAGAUUCCAGGACGGGUAAGCCCUGCCAUAACCUAUCAGCACUGGAAGGCUUGCAUGACCUGCGCCAUGAUUUAGAAGAGGGGAUGUUGAGGGAGGAACGCACCGAUUUUUCCAGCUUUACUAUGAAACGAGUUCAAUCCCAGUGGAUCAUGUGUUUCCUACGAGGCAUAUCCCCGGAAUCUGCAAUGUCGCGGUACAUCGCUGCUCUUCCCUAUCGUGACAUGAUCGCCGGGGUUGGUCUCGAUUUCCUGGAAAGAGAUCGCCCACCUCUCUUUUUCGAAGAUGUAUUUCAAAGAGCGAGGGAUGAUGAUUUGAAGGUAACCUGUUACUGCGACUUGAUUGACCAGCGGGGUGGCACAGGAGCAGGCCGGAUUGACCACGGUCUGCAUGUUGUGGAUGAUCUUUUCCUUCUCGUUAAUGUGAAGCAGAAGGGCCUGGGACUCACAAUUUGCCCUUGCGGCUACUCAUGCUACACCGGCGAGCGCCUGAUUCUGGAACGUAUCGCGCUUCAAAGGUAUGCGGUUGAUAUAUGCUGGGCUUCCACUAGUAUCGCAACGCAAAUCCUGGAGAAAUUACAGGAAUAUCUGAAGCAAGUCUUGUAG